GCGCGUGUGUGUGUGGAGAAAGAAAGGGGGGCCUGUCAGGAAGUGGUGGUCAUGAGUUUUAGUAGCAUGCAGGCCUUUCUAGUCUUUCACAAGAAGAGGGAGGAGGAAGCUGAAUGAGGAAAGCAGACAAGACAGCAGAGAGGAAAGAAUUCACUGAUCAGAAAAGUGGGACAGCGUGAAAACACUAAACAGAUGAAGACUAAAGAGAUGUAGAUUUAUGGAGAGAGAGAGAGGGGAGGAUAAAGGUUGAGGAUUGGUUGAUUUUGUGAGACAAGGGAGAGAUUCAGGAAGUCAAUGAGGCCUACAUUUGGACAGAGAAGAAGUCCCUGGUGAAGAGACCAGACUGGGUUAUCUGUGGGUCAGUCUGUCUGCGUUUAUAUGCUGCUGUCAGAGCCAAACACAAAGAAGAAGAAGAAGCUUUGUGCCGUCUUACUGUCAAACAGAUCAUCUCCAGAGGGACACUCCUGGCUCCCUCUUUUUGGUGACUCAGCGACAUCACACAGUCUACACUACGCUCCUCUCAUGCUGACUGAAAAUGGAUGACACAGACUACGGGGUUCAGAUCGGAGAGAACAAGUUCAUCAGCAAGGUAACAGUCCUUUCACAUCUCAAGACAUACAACCUCUACUAUGAAGGACAGAACCUGCAGCUCAGACACAGAGAGGAAGAGGGGGAGCUGAUCGUCGAAGGCUUGCUGAACAUCUUCUGGGGCCUCCGGCGACCAAUCAGGCUUCAGAUGCAGGACGACCACGAGCGAAUCCGACCACCCCCCUCCUCUACGUCCUGGCACUCGGGUUGCAAUCUGGACAGUCAAGGCUCCCCUAAUGGCACAGACGGUCAGCAGACGACAGAGCAGAGCCCACCCACUGUGGAAGUGACGCCACCUGAGAGCGAACCAGGGGACAACGGUGAGAUGGAGGAGCAGACAGACGAGGACGAGAGCUCUGCUCAGCUCCUCCGGACAAAGAGUGAUGCCGGGGUGUUGAGACGAGGGCAGCGGCGAUCACCAAGCGACCAGAGGAAGAUUAGACGCCAUCGCUUCUCCAUCAACGGACACUUCUACAACCAUAAGACAGCCGUGUUUACACCUGCGUACGGCUCAGUGACAAAUGUGCGGAUCAACAGCUGCAUGACCACGCCUCAGGUGCUCCGAGUUCUCCUCAACAAGUUUAAAAUUGAAAACAGCCCAGAUGACUUUGCUCUCUACGUCGUUCAUGCAAGUGGAGAGCGUGUGAAACUGAGGCGCAGUGACUAUCCUCUGGUGCUGAGGGUGAUCCAGGGUCCAUGUGAGCAGGUCUGCAAGGUGUUCCUCAUGGAAGAAGAUCUGGGAGAAGAAGUCACAUACGAUGUGGCGCAGUACAUCAAGUUUGAAAUGCCUGUGCUGAAGAGUUUCAUCACCAAGCUGAAGGAGGAGGAGGACAGGGAGGUGCAGAAACUCAUGAGAAGGUACACCUCUCUACGGUGUAUAAUUGAGAAGCAGCUCGGUUGUCCUCCAGAAGGGGCGACGUGUAUGUGAUCCACACACCAGACUGUGAAAACCUCCUUCAGAUCACCACACCCUCCAUCAAGAGUGACCAAGUCAGCUGACAAGAACCCCAUGUACGUGUUUCAGCGACUGUCCUGCUCCUCUGAGUCCUGCCUCUGCAUGGAUUUCUAUUUUUCAAACCCUCCAGUUACUCAACAGACAGACAAACUCAAACAUGCUAAACUGUGUGCAUGUUCAGUGUUCUCUUCUCAGCAAUAGUCAUGAGUUAUGACAACUCACGCCGUCUUGUAAAGAGUCUUCAGAGCAGAUCACUUCAUGUUUUUUUUUCCAUUUGUCACGUACAGUUCAGAGGGACUUCCCCUCACGCCUGAGUCAUUUUUACAGUGAAGUACUCUGCAAAUUGAGCCAAUGGUGAGACAUUCUGAUACCCAAAUUGAAGUUAAAGCACAAAAAUCACAUACAAUGGUGAUAGCAAAGUUCCUGUUGAAUGGUUUCUCCAAGCACAAAGAGGCACAGAGAAAUCCUGUAUGUUUUACAGGAAAAUCCAAGGUAACCAAGCUGCAACCUCCAGUCUCAAACUAUGAAGCCCACGCGGAAGUGUUAUAAACUGCAAUUCAUCGAGAAUCCUCUUGAGGCUGGCUGCAGAAACACCGGAAACCACAUAGACAGCGAUUCAAAAAAGACGAUCUUUGCAGCAUUAAUAAACAUGUUUACAGUCUGGUUCAAAAAUGGCUUCAGUCUGAAGAGGUAAUUUCUCUAUCUGCACACACUGUACGAGGGGUUAAUUUUUUUUUUAACAUGACGGUUCAGAAGAUAUUAAGAUUACGAGUUUUUGCCCAAAUAAGGACAUGACUGACUUGACUCAUGGACGGGAACACAUAGCUGUUGGCUAGGAGCCCAAACUCCUCCCCUUUAUGGCACACUGCCUGGUUGAAUUCCGCAUUUCCAAUAUGGCUGCCUCCGUCAAUUGGCUUCAAAACAGCGUUCAGGAACAGAUGGGUGACGUCACGGAUACUACGUCCAUAUUUUAUAGUCUAUGAAACUAAUGCUACGCUACAACAACAACAGACUCUAAUACGAACCCCAUCUGAAACAGCCAAAGCCUGAUCAGCAGAUAAAAUACAGCCCCCUCAUUAAACUGUGUGCCUUUAUGUUUCUUUCUGUUUAAACAUUUAUUGAACACACUGCGCUUAUGAAUUUAAUUAACCAUUUCAAUCUUAUCACAGCCUGAAGUUCACAGUCUGGGUUUCUUCAGUCUGAAGUUUGUCUAUUAUUCAUCCUGAAUGUUAAAGAUAUUUUAUGAUAGAAGUAUCAGGAAUAGUUUGACAUUUUGUGAAAAAGCUUUUUGAUUUUUCCUCCCAAGAGUUAGGUCUUUUUUUAAUCGUGUGUCGACCACCAGCAGAUAAUAAACGUAGCACAAAGAGUGGAAGCAAUUUGGAUGGCCUGUGGGUACAAAAAUCCCACUAAGUAGCACCUCUGAAGGUCACUGAUCAGAAAGCUGUAUCUUGUCUUUUUACACAUUGAAACAUAAGUAUGGAAAUAAUGAGAUUCUGGUAUAGCGGGGUCAGUGUUCUAGGCUAUUUCUCUGCUUGUACUGUGCAAAUGAAGUGGACGUAGCCUCGCUAAAGCUACUUGUGUUAAAUCCAAAUUUGUCAUCAUACUCUCAGCAAAACAGUAAUUAACUUCUUUUCUAAAAGUGUCCAACUGUUCCUUUUAUUUUUUACACAUGGCAUCUUUUUUUUCUGCAACAUUGUCCUCAUUGCGUCACUGCCUUAUGUAAGAUAAAAGAUGUCAUGGUGAGAUUGAAAAGCACAGAAAAGAGGGACGUUUUUCAUUGUCCUUCCUCACAGGAUGACAGGGCUGUCCAAACAGGAUUUUACAUGAAAUCAAGAAUGACAAAGAUUAGCAUUUUAUGAGACUGUGAAGAAUGCUGUGGAUCUUUGAUAGAAGAAUGUUUUAAAUGAAUGAAUGAGCAUUUUAAAGCACAGCUGUUUGAAAGUUGCCCGGGUGGAAGAUGAGCACUACUAAGAGGGUGGCUGAUAGAUUUCAGACACAGUGAUGAUGAACUCUUGACUGACUGGUGAAUCUGAUUGUUUCAAAAAAGUAUUUGUUACCCUGGCGUAUGUUUAUCCUUUCUGUUUUCCUACACCACACCUAAUAAUAUCCUCCAGAAAGUGAGUGAGCGUGGGACUCUGAGUGUGCAUGUUUGUAUUUUUAGUGACUCUUAAGAUUUGCCUGCUUUUUGUAUGGUGUCUUUUACAAAACAAUGAAGGAACAUUUGUCCUUCAGAUGUGAAAAAACUCAUGCCACUAUUUGGAAAAUGUAGGUUUUCUUCUGUCAAUGAUUGUUAUUUAAUAAAAAAAAAAAACAUG